CAUUGAAUUCAAUGAUGAUGAAGUGGCAUUUCAUCUAACCAUGAAAUGAGCUGUCCAGGUGCGAGAUGGGAAGGAGCCAAAUCACCCAUUUCAAAUUCCAAAGAGGAUGAAAAAAGUACAGUUAUAAAUAAUUGGUUUGGAUUGGCGGAAGAGGCCAGGAGAUUUUAAUACAAAAAAACAAGGAAAGUCUAUGCACAUGAAUUCUGAAACCAGCAGUCGUUAAUUUGCCAUUUUUAUUUUUUUUUUCCCUUCUUUAAUUUGCUUUUGGAGAUCAUAAGCAGGUCUUUUUUUUUACCAAAUACUCACUUCUUUCUAGAUGACGUCUAACUGUUUGUGACAUCUUGUACAAAAGGUUCAUCUUCCGGAGGACGAGUGGUGCGGCGGUGCGAGGCGUAACCAGAAAGAAAGAAAGGCCAAAAUCAUUCCUUUUCCCUUGUUUAAAUCUUUCUCUUCUUAUGUAAAACAUGGGUAAUUCUCCUUCAUUCCGGAAUGAUCAGAAUGAAAAUCGUGGAAGAAGAAAAAGGAAGUCCUGUUUCAAAUCAAAUCAGUUGGGCCCGGCAAUGGCGGAUUCUAAAUCCGACCCUGACUUCUUGAAGGAAUUCUACAUUCCUACAUAUAUAUUUAAUGAGGAAACAAAGACCUCCUAUGUUCCCGAUGCACCUAAAUUUCCAGUGCUAGCGUUUAUCAACUCCAAAAGUGGCGGUCAGUUGGGUGGGGAUCUUCUUAAAACAUAUAAAACUGUCCUCAAUGAACACCAGGUUUUCGAUGUGGGACAAGAGGCCCCUGAUAAGGUGCUUCGCAGAGUUUACACUAGACUGGAAAAGCUGAGACAAGAAAAGGAUGAAUUUGCUGCAAAGAUUCAUGAGAGACUAAGAAUAAUUGUUGCUGGUGGUGAUGGGACAGCUGGCUGGCUUCUGGGGAUUGUUUGUGAUCUUAAAUUGCCACAUCCACCUCCAAUUGCUACAGUUCCUUUGGGAACUGGAAACAAUUUGCCGUUUUCUUUUGGCUGGGGCAAGAAGAAUCCUGGGACUGAUCGUAAUUCCGUGUUGUCAUUCUUGGAACAAGUAAUGAAAGCAAAGGAAAUGAAAAUAGACAACUGGCAUAUUCUCAUGAGGAUGAGAGCUCCAAAAGAAGGUUCCUGUGAUCCUAUAGCACCUCUUGAGCUACCACAUUCUUUACAUGCAUUUGGUCGUGUCUCUUCAACAGAUGAACUGAACAUGGAAGGUUACCAUACAUUUCGUGGUGGAUUCUGGAAUUACUUCAGCAUGGGAAUGGAUGCUCAAGUAUCUUAUGCUUUUCACUCUGAGCGAAAGCUGCAUCCAGAAAAAUUUAAAAACCAGUUGGUUAAUCAGAGCACUUAUGCAAAGCUUGGUUGUACACAAGGGUGGUUUGCCGCUUCUGUUUUUCAUCCUUCUUCAAAGAAUGUUUCCCAGCUUGCAAAAGUGAAAAUCAUGAAGAAACAUGGUGAAUGGCAAGACCUCCACAUACCACACAGCAUAAGGUCGAUCGUAUGUCUCAACUUGCCCAGCUUUUCUGGUGGUCUAAAUCCUUGGGGAACGCCAAGUGGCAGAAAACAGCUUCAUAGAGACUUGACUCCACCUUAUGUAGAUGAUGGCCUCCUCGAAGUUGUUGGUUUUAGAGAUGCUUGGCAUGGGCUCGUGUUGCUGGCUCCAAAUGGACACGGAACUCGGCUGGCACAGGCACACCGAAUCCGCUUUGAGUUUCACAAAGGUGCUGCUUACCAUACGUAUAUGAGGAUUGAUGGGGAACCUUGGAAGCAACCACUGCCGAUUGAUGAUGAUACGGUUGUGGUUGAAAUUUCUCACCUUGGACAAGUGAACAUGCUUGCAACCCAAAAUUGCCGAUCGAAAAGUGUCCAUGAUGGUACCUCAUCAACUAGUCAUCAUAAUGGUGAGGAAGAUGAUAGUGAUGAAGAAGACUCAAGAAAUGAGGCAGAUGAGUAUAGGAAAUUUGGUGCGGCAGACACGUUCAGAAUCGCAGAUGAGGUUGAUAUUUCUCUACUUAGUUAAACUUGAUAUUUCAUUUGUUGUGCUCAUUACUUAACGUGUAACAGUGAUUCUCGGGGUUCAGUAUUAGUUUGGUUUCAAUAUUACUGUAAAAGUUGCCAUUCAUAGUUAGUUAAUUUGCUCGUCUUAGAUGAUCCCAUCUUAACGAAGCCCUUAUCUGGGGGAACUUGACGUCUUACCGGUAUUUUGGUUUCGGUUGGGUUGGGUAAUUUGGCGGCAUUGAAAACUGUUUUGUUAUCUUAAAAGUUUCCCCGUUUUGUGACUGUUAAUCAAGGUUUAUGCUAUUCAUUUUU